AUGACGAAGAGCACCGUCACCCGCGAACGUAGCCUUCAAGCUCGGACCAAAUCGAAGGGAGGUUGUCAAACUUGUCGUAUCAGGAAGGUCAAAUGUGCUCAAAAUAAGCCAUUUUGCAACAACUGCAUUAGCACUGGACGGAAAUGUGACGGCUACAAAUCGCCGUUCAUAUUCUGUAAUUCUCCUGGUCGCGGCGUUAAGCUGAAGCCUGACUCCAUAACCAUCCCGCCCGCCUUAGAUGACAUCUCCGCUCACGAAAUUGAACUCCUUGGUCACUACUUUUCGACUAAAAGCAUACACGAAGGCGUGAAGCUGGGCCUCGAAAAGGAAGCCAGACAGGUGCUACAAGCUAGCCUGACAGACCCACCAAUCCAACAUGCAGUAAAAUCUCUUAGGGCUCUCCGCGAAGAUCUGGAGCGGGAGAAGUCCGGAGACCUUCCUGUACAUGCCGCGCAGAAAGAGCGGAACUACAACUAUGGCAUCCAGCAGUACAGUAUGGCACUGAAUGCCCUGGUAUCUAACAUGUCAUCUCCAGACUUCAAGGUAUUGAAGUCGGCAUUACUUUGCUGCCAGAUAUUUAUCGGUAUUGAACAACUGCAGAAGAACUACUCUGCCAUGGCCCAGCAUAUCAUUCGAGGACUCAGAAUCAUGCAUGAGUCCCGUGUACGGCCAACUUUGACUGCUACGAACAGCUUGGAACCAGCAGUUUACGCUCAAUUACCGCUAGUUGAUGUAUUCAUCGUCAAAUUGUUCGCUGCACCGUGUAAGUUCGCGGAACCUCCAGCAAUAGGGCACUCGAGCGGUUCGACGUCGCCUGCAUAUUCAAUUACGCCUCCCAAGACACCUGUGGGAAGCAGCCAACAUUGUACAAUCAUUGCACCCAACAGCCGUGAAAAGCUUGUCGCUCUAUCCACAUCAACCCUAGCAUUCCUCGACAAGGUCUCACAGGUCAACUCGUCAGGAGACGCUCACCGACUGCUAUCCGAGAAAGCCGCUCUGCUGGAUUCGUUGGAUCAAUGGCUCAGCGAUCUCGAGCUUCUCCAAACGAAGGUUGACUCACCAGGGCCCGAGUCCAUCUCAAUCUCAUUUUUGAGAUGCUUCCGCCUGAUACUCAAAACGAUUCUCUUGGGAGCGUUGGACUGUUCACCAAAACUUCAUGACAGGGUGCAGACCGAGACCGACCAGCUGCAAAUUAUAGCUGACGGCCUGACGGAGAGACUCAAAAACUAUCAAAUGCGUCAUGCAACCAGAUAA